UAUAGUACAUGCACUUGAGUAUUAUGUUGGCCGGUAGGCCCAUAAUGAUAUGUUCUGUUGGCCAGUAUAUCAGGGACCGGUAGUUGUAGCUUCCUCUCUUGGCUUUGAUUGUGCCUGGUAGUUUGCACAGAUAUGGUCGAAGUUGAAACAGUCAUCAAGAAUGCCGUUCCCGGACUCGGGGAGGGUCCAUUCUGGGAGGAGAAGACGCAGUCCCUGCUCUUCGUCGACCUGACUGGGGGGAUCGUCCAUAGGUGGCACUCCAAGACGAACCAGAUGGAGAAAGUAUCAUUUGGUACCUACACCGGCUUCGCCAUCCCGCACUCUCGGGGCGGCUACGUGGCGGGCGUCGGCAACAAGAUCCUUCACUUUCAAUGGGAUGCUCCAAAAGACGGCAAGGUUCUGGCGGAGGUCGAGAAAGGUUUACCAAACAGGCUCAAUGACGCGAAGUGUGACCCCAAAGGAAGGCUGUUUGCAGGAUCGAUGAAAAUAGACACCAACCCGGCAACCUUGAUCCCAGGCCAAGGCAAUCUCUACCGCCUUGACGCAGACGGCACGAUAUCACGGUGCAGGGAGAAGUGCACAAUCAGUAACGGCCUUGGCUGGAGCCCCGACAACAAAACAAUGUAUUUCAUUGACUCAAGACCAGGGGUCGUUUACGCUUACGAUUAUGACGUCACGACGGGUGAUAUAUGCAAUGAGAGGACUAUCUUUGACAUGAGUGGGGAAGAGGUAGGCCCCAGCGGCCUGAAGCCAUGUCCUGACGGGAUGACUGUGGACACCGAUGGGAACCUCUGGGUCGCCGUGUUCGAGGGGAGUCGACUGAUAAACCUGGACCCAUCUGGGAAGAUCCUGCGAGAAAUUGCACUGCCAGCCAGGCGGAUAACAUCAUGUUGUUUCGGCGGAGAAAAUUAUGAUGAGCUCUACGUGACAAGUGCAAUGUUUGGACUGAAUUUAGAACAGGAUCCACUGGCUGGGUCUGUGUUCCGGAUCAAGGGGCUUGGGUGUAAAGGCGGUCCGGCAGUUUCAUACCAAGGCGUUUAAGGCCAGGCCCAUGAAGACCUCUAAAACUUGUGCGUCAAGGUGGGCCGCGUUUUAUAAUCAAUUCAUAUCAGGAACAGGAGACCUGACAAUAUACAAGACGUCAUGAUGGCCGAACACUUUUCUAGGGGACAUUUUCUACCUCUACACCAGCUAUCAUCAAAAGACGCCGUACUCAUAAUUACCAAAUUCUCACUUGGUGGAAUCAUGCCAAUAUGUUUGUAAUUUUUUUGGCGGGAUAUUCUAGAGACAAUCAUGUUGCAAGGCAUUUGACCCAAUGGGUGGUGGCAAUCGGCGUCCUAUUUGAAAUAUUUUAGGAUCACGAGGGAACGCGUCUCACCGCAUGGGGGCGCGGCAAUAUCAAACCUCGUGGAACAAGAUGAACGUACCACCCGGUGGCGAGUUUUUUUACAGGUAGGUUCGUACCAUUGUGUAAAAUUUCCGAAGACAAAUUUAUUAUUAAAAUAAUUAAGUAAAUGAAAAAAAAGCAAUAAAAACAAAAAGUGCAUAACUUUUUGGGUCCUUCCGAGAUUCGCACCAUUUGUCAAUUUGCAUCUUGUUUACUGGCUAAUAACACGUGCGUUUCUUACUUGAUGACGUCAGGCGAAGUAACUGAGCUCUGAUUGGCUGUCAUUGUACACAAUAGUACGAACCUACCUGUAAAAAAACCUGGCGACCCGGUGCUACGACGGCUUCGCGAGACAUUACUGGUUCGGUGCUUAGGUUGAAUUUGAAUAAAUAAUGAUUUUACCAAAAUUGAGGUUUGCUUUUAUUCAAGAGGUG